AUGAAGCUCUCCACCCUCCUCACUAGCACCACCGCCCUCCUCGCGACCAACCUCGUCGGCACAGCCCACGCCGGGGCCGCGUGCAUGAGCUCCAACAAGGCGGGCACCAAGUUCUGGGAGAUCAACAUCGAUGACGUCGACGACGUCAAGGCCGUCUGCGGCCUGCUGUGGGACAACCUGGCCCGGUGGCCGGGUUGCACCGUGAACCGGCCCAACGGCUGCGGGUCGCCGUUCGGCGGGAACAACGUCUACAUGUACUUCAGCACCUCGCUCGUCUGCAACAAGGGCAUGGUCAAGUCGGCGUUCUGGCACGCGACGCAUAACCGGUACGGGUCUAUCUCGAGCUGCUGA